CUGGAAGGUCGUAGGAUACUUGAAACACUAUACUUUAAGUAUCAGUGGUAUCAAUUAGGUAGGUCGCAGCUUCAUUCCGUUAAGUGAUGUGCUACUGGUGACACGGCUGACAUGAAUUCGAGGGGACAGCUAAAAUAGUUUAACACUGCUGCAACUUCAUCUAAUAGAAGAGAAUCAUGGGGGUCGCUCUUCAAAUCAUUGGCACCACAAUAAUAUGUCUUUCGUGCGCAAACAUGGGUAUAUUGAUGGCGUGGCCAUCUUCCACCAUUCUACUCUUCAAGUCUGAAAACACAACUCUUCAUCGGCCCAUGAGACCAGCAGAAGUAUCCCUUCUUGGUAGUCUGCCAUCUAUAGGGUGCCUGAUAGCUAACCCCAUUGCAGGGUUGGUCCUCGACAGAUUGGGUAGAAAGAAAUCAGUCACAUUAUCUUCCCUAAUUUUCGUGAUUGCGUGGUCAAUAAUAGCUCUAUCACGUCAGGUAGAGGUGAUUCUCACCGCGAUGUUUGUAGGAGGUCUCGGGUUCGCCGUGUUCCUGGAAUCUACUAUUUAUAUAAGCGAGAUAUGCCAGGACUCCAUAAGAGGCACAAUGACAUCAGGUCCGAUGCAGUUCUAUGGGUUUGGCAUCCUGGUCUCCUACUUCCUCGGCGGGUGCCUGACGUACGACCACAUGGUGUACGCCUGCCUCUCACUGUCUGUUGUUGGGGUGCUGCUGCUGUCCGUGCUUAAGGAGUCACCCCUGACCCUCAUGUCUAAGGAUCGAGAAGAGGACGCUGCAAAAUCUAUAGCGUUUUAUAGGAGGGAGAAGACGACAUCGAAAGAAGUUCUGCAAGAAAUUGAGAAACUGAGACGGAUCUUCAACGUCAACGGAGAUGACGUGCAAGCCUUGACAACAACAGAAGAAAGUUUAACACCUUUACCGAAGAAUAAGAAGGUGUCUUGUUGGCAAUUUUUCAAAAAUUCACCGUCUACUCGUCGCGAAUUCUACAUUAUAAUGGCGCUGAAAGUCGCGUACAUCAUGCAAGGACUACCAGUAGUGCAGGUUUACGCAGAGCCAAUGUUUGCUGAAGCAGUACCUCGUGACGUCAUCUCACCGAACCUAUGCAGCGUGCUCAUGGGAGUCGUCAUGAUAGUCGCUGGCAGUAUUUCUGCGUUCCUAACUGAUAUACUAGGGAGACGGCCGCUGAUAAUUUACUCAUCAAUAGCUGCUGGUGUUUGCUGCGUGGUACUAGGAACGCAGAUCCUGACGGAGUGGGGGCCUACGUGGAUAAUUCCCAUGUUUAUAUACGUGUACACCAUGUUCUAUACAUUUGGCGCUGGAACCGUGCCUGUCGUCAUUUUGGCCGAAGUGUUUUUACCUGAGGUAAAAAGCAUAAUGUCAAUGCUAGCAGUGGAGUGGUCGUGGACAAUGUGCUUCUUCGUCCAGUUUAUGUUUCACCUCCUCAUAAGUUCUGUAGGCCUGGUGUUCAUGGACGGCGCUGAUCACUUGCCAACGGGUGAUCCGCCUGCUCGUAGUUUGCACCUUAUUAAAAAAAAAUCGCGGGUCCAGGUUAAUAAGGCACCGCGGCCUAGGCCUGAAUCAGGGUUUUUAGUCACCAAACAACUAUGCGCAAAGACAAAUGAAAGUACCAGGAUGACAGAAAAGACAGGCGUACGUUUUGAAGAGGCGGAGAAGAAGAAGGGUGUUAUUCUGACAUCGAUAGCGGUAUCGUGUGCGGCUUUGGGAUGGCUGACGCGUGGUUGCCCUACCGUAAUGGGCGCUGUAGCCCUAUUGGGAACAUAUUUUCUAACUGGAGAUAGAUAUCAAUGGAUUUAUAUUUGGAAGCAGACGCAUUACAGGGAUUUUCUAGGUCUGCGUGUACUUCUAUAUACAAUAUUCAGGAUAUGGAUGUGGGAGCGUCAAGGCAAGACUGUGGUCACGAGGUGGACUGAAGUAGCUCGUAUGAGCCCUAACAAGAAGGCUUUUGUCAUGGAAGACAGGGCUCUCACAUUCCGAGAGGGUGAUGAAUUUAGCAACCGCAUAUCCUGGUACUUCAAACGUGCAGGGUACAAGCCUGGUGAGGUGGUUGCUUUACUGAUGGAGACACAGCCGGAGUAUGUGUUCCUAUGGCUUGGUUUGGCCAAGAUCAGGGUGACAACUGCACUGAUUAACACCAACUUGAAAGGCAGUCAGCUGAUCCACUGCCUCAGGAUAGCUGGUUGCAAAGCUGUUAUCUUCGGAGAUGAGAUGUCUGAAUCUGUAAAAGAGAUUCAAACAGAAAUCUCAGACAUUCCGCUCUUCCAGUACAACUCACCCGACAGAGAGACAGCCCCAUUUGUUCAGGGCACAACGCCAUUAUCUGUUGAGCUGAAGGAAAUGUCAACAGAGCCUGUUAUUGACAGUGAGCAGGCAAAACCGAGAGACACGCUCUUGUAUAUCUAUACUAGUGGAACUACUGGGUUCCCUAAGGCAGCUAUUAUUACUAAUAUUAGAUACCUGUUAAUCCCACUAGGAGUGCAGAGCUCCGCGCAGUUAACUUCUUCAGAUGUGAUAUACGACCCACUACCUCUUCACCACACUGCGGGCGGUGUACUAGGAGCAGGUCUCGCUAUAGUUUCAGGAUGUACCGUCGUCCUUAGAAAGAAGUUCUCCGCUUCCAAUUACUGGAGUGACGCCGCUAAAUAUGGAUGCACUGCCACUCAGUAUAUCGGUGAGAUCUGCCGUUACCUCCUCGCAGUACCUCCUGGUCCUAACGACCGCGCUCACAAAGUCAACGUUAUCUUCGGCAAUGGACUAAGGCCGCAGAUAUGGGAAGAGUUUGUAAAAAGAUUUGGCAUCAAAAGAGUCAUGGAGUUCUAUGGAGCUACUGAGGGAAACAGUAAUCUUGUAAAUUUGGACUCAAAAGUCGGAGCCAUUGGUUUCUUGAGCAGGAUAUUUUCAACCAUAUACCCGCUUACUUUAGUCAAAUGUGAUGAAAUCACUGGUGAAAUCUUACGAGACAGCAACGGUAGAUGUAUAACAUGUGGCCCACAUGAGCCAGGUCUUCUAUUAGGUAAAAUAGACCCAAAGAAAGCCAUUUUGACGUUUGCUGGAUACGCGGACAAAACUGCUUCGGAAAAGAAGAUGGUACGUAACGUGAGAACGGAAGGAGAUUGUUACUUCAAUACUGGGGAUGUUCUUGUGAUGGAUCACUAUGGGUACUUCUACUUCAAGGACCGGACUGGAGACACAUUUAGGUGGCGUGGUGAAAAUGUAUCAACAGCAGAAGUAGAAGGAGUUAUUAGUUCCCUAAUUGGACUGAAAGAUGCUGUAGUUUAUGGAGUCAAGGUACCUAACACAGAAGGAAAAGCAGGAAUGGCAGCAAUCGCUGAUCCAGAAAAAACCUUAGACCUAGCUUCACUAGCAAAGGGUCUUCGGUCAUCACUUCCAGUAUUCGCCAGACCACUUUUUGUGAGGAUCCUGCCAGAAUCACCUCUCACUGCCACAUUUAAGCUUAAGAAGAAAGAGUUAAUGGAACAAGGAUUUGAUGUAGAAAUAGUGAGCGAUCCGAUAUACUUCAUGGAUCAAAAGACGGGAGAAUAUGUUCCUCUAACUCAGAAACUAUUUGAUGAUAUCAUGAAGGGUUUAGUCAGACUGUGAUUAUGAAUGGCAAAUGUUGAGUGCUAUUUAGGACAUGUCGGGAUGCCAUCAGAAGGA